CUUAUCAAGAUAAGCUGAAAAGUUUUGACUAAUGAAGACUAUUUUAUUAAAAUGUGCGGAAUAUUAUUUUAUUUUUAGAACACAACCAAAUGAAUUAAAUCUCAUCUGUUCUUGUCAUUUAAACGACUAUGAUCAUUUUUAAUGUUGCUGACGUGAAAGAUAGUAAUGAAAUAAUUUAAUCGUAAAGAUUUUUGCUAAAAGCAGUUUAAUAUAUUCAAAAUAAAUGAAUUCUAAUAUGACAGGCAAACCAAUUAUGGAGUCGUGAUUUUCUAUUUAAUAUACAUUUCUAUAUUAUUUCUCCCAAUGGCAAGUAAAUAUUCAGGAUAUUUAAUAGUGUUUAUUACAUACCACUUCGUUUUUAUCACUUUGCUUAUUCCUAUAAUCAGUGGAUACACUUGUAAUCCUGGUGCCGGAGAAAUUUUACUUCGAAGCUCCGCACUUAAUUCAGCGGAAAAACGAGUAGAAAACGAUAUUACUUCUGACAGUAACAGCAAACAAGGAAACAGAAAGUACUCAACAAAACAAGGUACAUUCACCUCACCAAAAUGGCCCGAAUCUUAUGAAUCUGGGACACGUUGUGUUUUUCGUUUCAUAGCGGAUGUUGGUGAGAAAGUUCAUAUUAAAUUUGAUCACUUUGUUUUAUCGGGUGAUAUGCCAAGUUGUUCAGUCGACUUCUUAGACGUGUACAUUGAUGUUGCUUCUUCAACACUAGAUUUGGAUAGACAAGCUUCAAUACUUGCUGAAGCCUCUUCUCCUUUAUCAUCAUCAUCAUCAUCAUCAUCAUCAUCACCUAAUGAACUACAUACAACAACACCAUUUUCAGCUGCUGUUUAUUCUUCCGUAUUAGAUAAAUCAGAUUUAUUGGGUCGAUAUUGUGGUGAUUAUCUAUCGACGAACUCUGUCACAUUUAUUAGUUUACACAGAGAGAUUGUAUUGGAUUUUUAUUCAGAGUUAGAAAAAGUGGUAAAUCCCUGGUAUACAACAGGAAAAUCCACUAUAUUCGGUUUCAAUGGAACAUUUGAAUUUAUUAAUGACGACGCAUUUUAUCCUGGUAAGGCUGUUUCUUCCUCUGAAUUGUAUAUACCAUUCGAAGAUGACAUUACUACUAGUACUGGUAAUGCCACAGCUGCUCCCGCGAUAACUAGUAGUAACUGUCGUUUUCGUAUUGAAGCAGAUCAUAUUGUUGUAAAUGGAGAUAUGACUAAAUUAGACGAAAUAUCUGGUGAACUAAUUUCACCUACAUAUCCAGGUUACCACCCUAACAAUCUUCUCUGUGUAUAUCAGUUAAUUGGGCUUCCUUAUCAGCGAAUUAGUUUGGAUAUUUUGGACAUAGACUUAUACUCAGGAUCACCAGGAUGUCCGAAAGAUUUUAUUCAGUUCUAUGAUGGUUUUCAAAUAGACAAUACCAGUAUAAGUCGAAAUUCUAUCGGUCAAAGAAUAUGUGAUCAUUCAAAUAAUAUUCACGUUGUAUCUACUGGAGCAAGUUUAGUGAUACUAUUCGUCACUGGUCAAAUUCAGUUGCUAAAUCAUGUGAAUAAUAAAAAAGACAAUGUAGUAAUGAAUGCAUUGAGUACAAGACGUCGAGGUUUUCGACUACGUUAUACAUUUACCAAAAGGUUAUUGCCUGUCAAUGAAGUACCGGGAGGCGAGCAUGUCCGUGGAACAGAAUGUGAUUAUGUGAUAAAAAGUCAAGGUUCUGUUGAAAAACAGUUUGAAUCACCUACAAUGAGCAAUAAUUUCGUAUUAACUCCAGAUAGAGUAUGCAAUUUCAUAUUUAUCGGAGAUCAAUUUGAACAAUACAUCGAAAGUGUAUCAAUUGGAUUUGAACAAAUCGAAUUACCUAAGUCAAGUGAAGGAAGUCAAAUAUGUGAUCGUGGACACAUGGCAGUUUAUGGCAGUAGAUUAUUACCUGGUGAACAAAUCAACAAACCAACCUAUGAAUAUUCUCAUGAAAUACUUCAAUCUAAUAAAGAACCCGAUCAUGUGUAUUGUGAUAGAUCAAAUGAACUAGAAUCACUCAAAAUCGGAUCAGGUUUUCAACAUCAUUAUUAUCCAAUAGUUGGACGACACAACGUCUUACUCGUGAGAUUUAAUUCAACGGGAGCCGAGCUACCCGGUUUAAAUAUGAAGUUUAUUCUAAAUUAUAGGUUUAAAAAGGACUUUGGUAUCCCCGGUACAAUGAUUAAUCCUGAAAGUUGUCAGUUUAUGUAUGUAAAUCCAUCACAGUCGACAACCUCUGUUUUUUCAUCGUCAUCAUCCUCUUCUGAACCAUCAUCCUCAUCUACCUCAAAAACAAAUACAGUAAAUUUCAAAGGAUGGACCAACUCACCUCUCUACCCAAAUAAUUACCCACCUAAUUCAGAUUGUUUGUAUUUAAUUACAUCACAAAAUGAAUUUGCUGUAGAACAAUCCAUACGUCUAGUCUUUGAAACAUUUGCAACUACAUAUCGAACCCAGUCUAAAGUAUCCAUUGACAGCCAAUCAGAACUAGAAAAAUUUAAAAUUUGUAAUCAGGAUUUCCUUGAAAUCAUCCAGUUAUACAUUCCUUUAAAAGAAGAAGUAAUAAGUGCUUUGACUUCACGUGUCAACUUCCCACCAUUACUCGAAGUAUCAUAUGACGUAUGGAUACAACGUUGGCAUAAUUUAGAGAAAGAAUUACAAAUUUAUUUAGGUACAAAUCAACAUAUACUAGAACCCAUAAGUAUAUACUGUGGGAAGUAUAUACCUGGUCCAAUAGUCUUAGAUCCAACUGCCACAGCCAUUUUAAUGAGAUUUCAUAGUGGACAAAAUACAACUUCAAAGGGCUUUACAUUAAGUUACGAAUUUCUCCCAAAAUUACCUCUUGAUCCAAUGAAAUCAAAAGUUGUUGAUAAACCAGGGAAGAAAAAUGGUGGUGGUGUUGACGACAAAUAUUCAGUCAAAACUACUAGCAGUGGUUUGAUUACUUCACCAAAUUUUCCCAAUUUAUAUGUGAAGGAUUUCAAUUAUGAAUGGUAUAUUCAAGGAACUACAGAGAAAAGUCGCAUUCAAUUAUAUUUCAAUUCAUUGGAUUUAGAAGGUUCGAAAAUGAAUUGUUCAAGAGCAGUUCUUCGGAUAUAUGAAGAUCGUAACCCACGAAGUUCAUAUGAACUUUGUGGAAAUCCUAAUGAACUCCUGCCUAUUGUUAUACCGAAUUCUGUAGCACGAGUAAAAAUGCACACAGCAAUGGAUGCAUCAGGUUCAAAAGGAUUCGAGUUAAUUUGGACUGAUCUACUACCAAUAGAUCCUGAAACUGGAUGUAAAGGUUUCCUCUGUGAAAAUACAGGUUAUUGUUUAUAUGCAGAUCUAGAAUGUAAUGAAGUACUGAAUUGUGGAAUGUAUCAAAAAGAUGGAAAAUGGUUGAAGGAUGAAUCAGAUGAAGCAAGCUGUAAGUACUUUAUAGAACUUUACUUAACUAAACUUUCACCAAUCCAGAAGAUUAGUUCAUUUCGUUUACAUGUUUAAGACUUAGAUGUCCUGACUUCUAACGUAAACUUGGCUAUCGAAAUACACUUUGGGUUGAAAGAUUGAAGUGAUAGUAAAAUAAAUUUCAAAUGUGUGAGCGUAUAUCCGUAGAUCGCCAUGGAUAAUUUGAGAGUUUCAUAAAAGCAUAUUUCACAAGGUAUUGUUAUGAAACAUCUGAAACUCACAUCAUAAAAAAUACAUCAACAAAAUCUCACCACUUAUCCUCGUAAAUCCCAGUUUUAUUUUAUGUCUUCAACAAUAUAAAUCUUUUCGAAAAAGACCUAGUUUUGCAACUGGCAUACAUUGUAUAGAAGAGUAGGAUUAAUGAGUUUACUCUAGUCUUAGUCCAGAGGUUUUGAGAUUAAGGUAUUUCAAUUAGUGAAAAAAAUAGACUAUUUUUUAAUUACUGUACAGUGAAUUAUUUCAUGCUCCAAACUUCCUCACUAAGUCUACAGGGAGACUACUAACUCCACUCUUCCCUGAAUGUGAAUCAAAUGCCUAGACUCAUUCGUUGCUUUCAUGGAGACUUCAUAAUUUUUAUUUUCUGACAGAAUUCUUAUGAGCGAAACUCUUAGUAUUUGUCGAUUCGUAACUAUAAUAUGGUACUAAUAAAUGAGUGAUGUUCUUAAAUCCUUCUUAAGCAUUUAUAAAGAUAGUAUCAACUGAGAUGCACAAUAAAAGGGGGAUUAUUUCGCCUUUCGUUCUCUAUAACAUUUCGGCGAUUACAUGCUUUCUUUUGCCUUCAUUCAUAAUAUUCCUUCUCACUUAUUUACUUUUCGUUCAGGAGGUAAAUAUAUUGUCGCUAUUUCUAUCUUUGUCAAACCAUCUAAAUCAUCUUACAAACGGAUAUGAGAAGUAAAAAUACAAUUUGUUUGUAUUAUUUUCAAUAUCCAUGAAACAAAUCCAGCUUAUGCAUAAGAAACAUUUUUCUCACAAAUAUCAAUGUCACAUUAUGAUGUCUUGCUGAUAUAUAAAUUCACCACAGAUAUUAAAAAUCAAGUAUCUAAGUAAACUGAUAACUGAACAUUAUUCGCACCGAAAUUCACAAGUGGUGAGCUGAAGUUUGAUAGUUUAGUGACCCAUAUGAUUCGCACAAAGCUUCGAAGUAUUAAUGAGUCUCAACGGGACCAAAUUCCUGUCCUUUGUGAGCAAUGCCAUGGAAUUUUCAAACAUAAUCAUUGUUAUAACCUUCAUUGUUUUAUUUUUCUGUACUUUUUAAUAGGUUCAUUGGGACUAAGCUACAACUUAGUUCACAUUGGUACAGGUAUUCUACUGGCACUAAUUCUACUUCUUGGUAUAGCUUGCUACAUUUAUUAUCGUGAAUAUAAACGACGAAAACAUAUGCCAUUGGAUCCCCUAACAGAAUUAACGGGUUCAAAGCCUUCUCUAUCACUAAAUCAGUCAGCUCACAGAUUGACCGCUCAUUGUCCAAAUAAAAAACAGUUACAUAAAUGUCAUAAUUCACAGAGUACAGGGUUGUUAUGCGAUUUGUCAGCCGAGAAAGAAAUGGUCUCUAGAGAUAUCGGUCCAAUAAAGAAACAUCAGCACCAGCAACACUACCACUAUCAUCAACAUCGUCAUUUACUACAUCCACAUCAGUUACCGCCGCAUACUCACUCUCAUCGGUACCACCAUCAUAGUUAUAACAAAAAGAUGACUGAACAGAGUGCACACUCACAACUAAUCAAUGCAUCUCAUGACUGUCAUAGUUCACAUUUUUCACUCGAUAACCAGCACGAUUAUUGUCAUACAAUUAGAUUGAAUAAUAAAACACAACACAGGACAUCGUCACAUUCAGGAUCAUUAGUUAAAAAUGGAGGUGGUACAGUAAUUUCAGACUCUGUACAUAGUUGCGGGGGUAGUAACAAUAAUACAAGCGGUUUGAUUGUCGGAACUGGGAGAAAUUUAUCAACUACCGCCGACGGUGGGUUAUUUAUUAGAGAGAAAAUGCAAAAAAUAUCUAUAGUCUAACUCUUUUGUGAUGAAAUUUUCACAUUUUUUGAACUUUUCGUCCACAUAUAACUCCGAGUAAUAUUAUGUAUACUAGACUUGGUGUAGCUAAAUAUUGAUAUUACUAUUAUCCCUGUAAUCUAUGAAAAACAGCUCGCUCAAUCUACUUCUAGUAACUAAUCAUUCCACUAUUCUUUGUACAUUGUAAAAUUACCCACUAAAAUGAAAUGUAUAACUUUUAUUCAGGUCGAAAAUGUGAUUUCCAUUCUUUCUUUUAUUCAUCCUUUGGUUUUUUUCUUUCAGAGUGUUCUAGUGGUUAUGUUAUGUUUAAAAGGCGUAUGAUCUCUUUUUAGUGACUUAGUACGUGCUAGUAUGUAUUAGCCACAGUUUUUUUUCUGAUCAUUUUUAAACAGUCUAUUGAGUACAAUAUGUUUGAUGCUUAUAUUAUCCAAAAAUAGAUACAUGAUGAUUGAUUUAGACUAGGUUCAUAUGAGUAUAUUUUAGAAGUAUAUGUGGAUACCGAUUACAGUGAUUUUAAUCACUUAUCCCUGUAAAUAACAACGUUAUUAAUAUUGAUCAAUUACUUAAAAAUAAAAUAUUGUUUCUUUUUUGUAUAAAGGCGAGCAAACUAAUAUAUAUGUCUCCUGUUUUAUUUACUUCUCCCUAUUCGGGUAUUAGUUUUAAUUUUUUUUCUUCUUUGGAAUCCAUUUUUCUCUUCGUAAAGUUAACAUAUUGACUAAGAUGUAAGGAACUUUUGUAGAAGCUAUUGUUGAAAGUAAAUUCCACGGAAAUCACUUUAUCCCAAGCAAUUUUUUAUUUUACGCUUUUUCUCAUGUACUUUCGUUUGUAACUUAAUGAGUUUGGAGUUAAAAUGAAAGUGAAAGGCUAUCUAA